UACUGACCACACAAAUGUAUAUAAAGAGGGAGAACAUCUGAUAACAUCAACAGUUGGUUUCUCUCUGUACAUCCAAACAAUUAAUCAUGAAGGUCUUCAUUCUCUUUGCUUUAUUUGCUGCAAGUCAGGCUGCAGUACUUCUUCACCCAGCUGCUGUUGGUACCGGUGGCAGUACUCAAUACCGAAGCCAAGACAAUUUUGGAAACUACAACUUUGGUUAUGACGAAGGCCAUCUUACUGGUGGAACUUUCCGAAAAGAGACUGGUGAUGGACAUGGCAACGUUGCUGGCUCUUACGGAUUAAGAGAUGCCGAUGGUCGAAUCCGAAUUGUCAACUACGUAGCAGAUGCUGCUGGUUUCAGAGCUGACAUCAAGACCAACGAACCCGGUGUCGAACCUAAAGAUCCUGCCCAUACUGCCAUCAACAAGGCUGGAUUGGUUGUUGCACCAGCCCAUGCUCCAAUUGCAUACGCUCCUGCAAUUCCAGCUGCACAUUUCGCUCAAGCACCAAUUGCUUAUGCAACUCACCAUCUAACAGCCCCACACUACGGUUAUGCUUACCACUUUUAAAGAUAUCUAAGUACAAUAGGUUAAUUUAUUUUUCAGUUCAAUGAUGUUCUAAACAGAGCUUAUGUCGAGUAUAGAAAUUCCUGCAUUUAAUGCAACAUUGAUCGUUUUACGCAAGCACAAUGCAUUUUAAGACAGCAGCUUAAUUUCUUCGUGCAUUCAAUAAAUGCAAAAUUCAUUUAUACCCGAAAUGGGGAAAUUCUUGUCGCAGCUUUAUGCAAUCACUAAAUUUUCUUAUGUUUUUGCUAUAUUGUUCUAGACAAACUAAGAUGAAGCUCAAAAUUUCUGUUGUAGCUUUACACUAUCUCGUUUUAGAGAAUCUGGAGUGAAGCUCCAUAUCUGGUGGCUUAGUUUUCAACAAUUUUCCUUCUUUGCAAUAAUGUGCAGCUUUUUAACAUUUCUUAAAAAAUUUAGUUUUGGACAAAAUGCUUGAAACUGAAAGCCAUUAUUUUCUUGUUUCCUUUAACAUAUCCUUUUAAUUUUAUACUUUUUUCCUAACAAAGAAAUUUAUUUCAUAUACAUUUACUUUCUACAAUCAAUAUUUUACGCCCUUCUCCUUUAGAAUAUAUAAGUAUGAAUUUGAUAUUUUUCUUUAAAAAAUGUGUACAAAAUUUAAAGCGAUUUGAUUAUUUAAGAAUAUAGAUUUUAAUGAAACUAAUAUUCACUGUAAAGAUUUUACCAAUUUCAUAAUAAUUUAUUUCAUUUUUGAUUGUUAAAUUACCACAAAACGGAAAAGAAUUUUACCAUCAUAGUUUUUAUCCUUUUUAUCAUUGGCAAAGAAUAUGAUUUCAUACACAGCAUCCUAAUUUAUAUUUCCAUUGUUAAAAAAUAAAUGUAUGUUAUAUGUUUAUCAAUAAAAUCUUUUCAAAUCUCAA